CUCCCCCGUAUCACUCCGUAUUCGGUACCAUGUCUCCAUAUCGCUCUGACCGGCAGCGUGUACACAGUGAUCUCUCUUGCUCUGGAGAGAUUCAUUACAGUUUGCUUCCCAUUCAAUACUUGUCAGAUGUAUGAUGGGAUGGUGUAUAUAACUCUGAUCACGGGGUUCUCUGUCCUCUACAACGUGAACAAGAUGCUGGAGUUGGAGACAGUCGUGGCAACCACCAGCGUGAGUAAUGUGAAUGAGUUUGGUGAAAAUAUUACUCAAAUAUUUGAAGAAAUUGUUCUACAGCCGACUCCUCUCAGAGAAUCUGAGUUCUACACCAAGUAUAUCGUAUUCCUGCUAAACUUCCUUGUCAUGGGUUUACUGCCUGUUAUUCUUCUCUCCGUUCUAAACUUUUGUAUCUACAGAUCUAUAGCCAAAGCAACAAGAAACCAUAAUAACAUAUCUUCAGAUAUCAGAUAUCAGAUAUCAAGUUAG